CUACGAAAAAGUUGUAAACAAACUUGUUUUCGUGUCUAAAUUAUUUUUUUUAUUAAUUUAAAAAACUCUUAAAAAUAAUGUCUGAGACAAAAGAAAUGCAAACGGACGAACGCGAGGCGUUAAUUUCCAUCUACGAAGGCGACGAGCAAUUUAAGGAAGUAAAUUCGACAACUUUUCAAUACAGAUACGGCGAGACAGACACAAUUAAAUCAUUUCUCAUGGAAAUUUCGUGGCCCGAAAAUUAUCCGAAUGAACUGCCAAACGUUAAUUUAGAAUUAUUUUACAAUAGAAAUUUACCUUCCGCUGUGAAAUUAAAUAUAUCGAAAAUAGUAUUAGAAGAGGCUCAACAAUGGAUCGGAUGCGGCAUGACUUUCUCGCUGUUCGAGUGCCUUAAAGACAAACUAGAUGACAUUUUAGCCGAUGUUAAUACGAUAGAGAAGAAUAUAGAUGUCGCUACGGAAAGUGUGGCUGAUUUGGAAAUCGAUCAAGGUGAAGCGGGAUCCAAGGCUGCCAAGAAAGAACAUCUGACAAAAGCUCAAAAACGUCGUCUGUGGGAUAAAACUGAUCAUACGGGAACCAAGCCUCGUGGAUGGGAUUGGGUCGAUAUUAUUAAACAUUUGUCGCAAACGGGAAAUAGUAAAGGUGAUGAUGUAACAACGAAUUGACCGAUUGUUGGAGAGUUAAAUGAAUAAAAAUUUUGUUUACCUAACAAAGAUUUUACUUGACCU